UCAAAAUCUAGAAAAAGGAUCGAUUGCUUAAAAUCUAGAAUCAUUAUUAAUGAAUAUCAUCAUCUAUUCUGCAACAUCUUUAAUCCAUUAUUCCUAAAAAUCUUUUCUUUUGAAUUGAAUAUCCUUCCCGUAUUCUCCGACCCGUUGCAGACAUUAUUCAGUUUCUUUGUUACGUUCCAGCGACCUUUUCAUUUGAUCGAAAUGGGGUUAUUUACUUCCAACGGGACAAUUCCUUUCAUAUGAAACCAAGCUCGUCGUUGUUCCAACCAUUAUCGGAAAGCCGAAUACUGACAAGUUUAAACAAAGGAAGAACAUAAGGAAUGUUGAGGAAUCAUUAUGGUAUUUACAAUAUUUGCCUUCUUUUUGUUCGCGCGAGCGUAUGGUGGAGAAAAUAACCUUACAUAAGCUCCUUCACCCUCCUUGUAAUUCAGUAUUUAUAAAAGUCUUUAAACGCGCACCAACCUACCAUCUACAUAUACCCUCCGCAUACCAAAAGUUACGAAUCUUUUUAGUAAAAAAAUGUCAUCCUCUUUAGAACAACUUAAGAAUACCGGAACCGUCGUCGUUUCUGACACUGGUGAUUUCGAAUCCAUCGCUAAGUACAAGCCUCAAGAUGCUACUACCAACCCCUCUUUGAUCUUGGCCGCCUCUAAGAAGCCUCAAUACGCUGCUCUUGUCGAUGCCGCCGUCGAAUUUGCCAAGAAGAAGGGUGGCUCUCUCGAGGAACAAAUUGAGAACGCCUUUGAUCGCCUCCUCAUUGAGUUUGGUACUAAGAUUCUUGCCAUUGUUCCCGGCCGUGUUUCUACUGAAGUUGAUGCUCGCUUUUCUUUUGACACCAAGACUACCAUUGAAAAGGCCCGUCAAUUGAUCAAGCUCUACGAAGAAGAGGGUAUCAAGCGUGAACGUAUUUUGAUUAAGAUUGCCUCCACCUACGAGGGUAUUCAAGCCGCUAAGCAAUUGGAACAAGAAGGCAUUCACUGCAACUUGACCCUUCUUUUCUCUUUCGUCCAAGCUGUCGCUUGUGCUGAAGCUAAUGUUACUCUCAUUUCUCCUUUCGUUGGUCGUAUCCUUGACUUCUUUAAGGCCAAGAACAACCGCGAAUACGCUUCUCACGAAGACCCUGGUGUCCUUAGUGUCAGCCAAAUUUACAACUACUACAAGAAGUUCAACUACAAGACCAUUGUUAUGGGUGCUUCCUUCCGUAACGUUGGUGAGAUCCACGAGCUCGCUGGUGUUGACUUCUUGACUAUUUCUCCUGCUCUCCUUGAACAACUUAACAACAGCCAAGAGCCCGUUCCCAAGAAGCUCGAUGCUUCUCAAGCUCACGGUCUCGACAUUGAAAAGGUUUCUUUCCUUAACGACGAGUCCAGGUUCCGUUUCAACUUCAACAACGAUGAAAUGGCCGUCGUCAAGUUGGCUACCGGUAUCAGUGCUUUCGCCAAGGAUGCUGAUACUCUUCGUGGCCUCUUGAAGGAAAAGCUCCAAGCUUAAGCCGCUUCCAAAUAAUGACUAUUUCUUUCAUCAGAAGGUUCAUGUUCUACUUAGUUUCUUCAUAUUAAUAAAUACCUUUUUCGUUUGAUAGUUUGAUCAUCGUUGUUAUGUAUAGACUCACGAUUCGGCACAUUCUCAUCUUUUAUAGGUUAUGAUAUAUUUAAUAAGCAUU